AUGGGCGAGGAGGACAGGAAGAGCCGCCUGCAACAGAAGCAGGAGGAGGUGGAGGAGGUGAAGGGGAUAAUGCUCGACAACAUGAAAAAAGCUGACGAGAGAUCCGGCAAACUGAACGACCUGGAGCAGCAGGCUGAGGAUCUGCUGGAGAAGGGUAAAAUGUUUGAAAAGACAACCAGAAAGUUGAAGAAGCAGGAAAUGCCCUACAAGAAGAUACUCAUCGCCCUCGGCGUGGUGGCAGGACUCAUCGUCGUGGGAAUUAUAAUUUUUUUCUCUGUAAAUAGACAUUAAAGGCAGAAGCUCUGUAGCAGCUGAAAGGGGAAAAGUUACAAGCUGAAGGACAGUUGAGUAACGACCCAGGAAAAAACAAGCUGUACAUGUGGGACUCUGCUGCACUAUAUGUGAAAUAACUGUCAUGAGAUAUUAAUCAAAACAUUUUUUCCACUCCUCCCUUCUUCAAGUCUUCUGUUGAUACGGUACAGUUGAUUGCUUUCUUGGAUUUUCUUCCCAGUUACACCUCUUCACAUAUAAAUAAAGGAAAAAGCAGUUCAUGCAUGAAUUGACUGUUUUCAAGAUGUUUGUCACCAAACCCUCCUUUAAGAGCUGUCUUUCAUGAGCAUCUGUUAAGAUUGCAUCCCCUUUAAGCAAGGUUUUACACAUAUCAUUAUACAGAUAUAAUUUGCAUCCUCUUGUUUGAAUAAUUUUACGAAGGAUUCAGCAGAAUAUAACAUACCUCUUGUGCGUCCUUAGGAAAUCUAAAAUUAGGGGAA